GCUGUUCGCGACGAAGUCUGCGAGAGUGGAAAUAUGGUGGCCCUGGUUGGCAUGAUUAACCACAGCAACCAGGAACUGACGUGCAGGGCAUUAAAGCGCCUCUGCAUUGUUCUUGACACAUCUUCGGGCUGCGACUACAUGUGGUUCACCAGCGAAACAUCGGGGGCCCUCUCCAAG